GAUAAAGUGAAUAACGAACGAUAAUCAACACAGUUUUUAUCUAUUCUCACUUACCUAGCGAAUGAUGUCAAAUUGCGAUCAGUUCAAUUUACAAACCUAUUUCAUAAGAUUUAUGCAGCACUGAUUUGCUAAUGAGUUGUUAUUUCGAAUGCGCGCUAUUUCCAUAAUUUAGAGGUCAUCUUUUAUAUGAUUAUGUAAAUCAUGAACUUCAAACGUCUGUUUAUGGCAAUGAAUUUCUUAAUGGAAAAAUUACAUUACGUAAUUGAUACAUGAUAAUGCACUCGCAAAUCAUGAACUUUACAUGUGUGUUAUGGUAACACGGUAUUGAUAUUUCUUAAUAGAAAAAUUGUAUCACGUACUUGAUACAUGAUAAUGCACUCGUUUAUCAUUGCAUAAACAACAUACGUACGAUGUUAUUCAUUUUUUCAGCACAAUUUCACAGUAUAAAUUGACGGAUCUAUGUCUUUGGAAAAUCAUUCUAGUUACGAGUGAAUCGAUACAACAACAAAAAUGUCAACUAUUCCGACAACUUUAAUUAUCAAUAUUACAAAUACAAAAAAGUUGCCCGUCAAUAUGGCAAUGGUGGUGCUUAAACAAUUAUUCAGAUAUGGUGUGAAGCAGAUCGUAAAAAAAUCUGAGGACUGUAUUUUAGUUUCUUUAAAAUAUAGUCCGAAGAUGGUUACUUUGACUAAGAAAUUAGGUAAUUUGCAAGUGAAAGUAACCCGGGCAAUGGCUGAAAAUGAACAGGAAUUGGGGUUUCUGGAAACAGCAGUGAAACGGUUCAAUUUCAAUAUACAAGAUGAUGAUGACGUGGACGCUAUUCCAUCACCUCCACCACCAAAAAAGUUGAAGGCUUCAUCAUCAUCAUCAAAAGAAAUUCUACCCCUUCCAACACGAUCACUAUCUCCUGUCAUAAUCGAAGAUUUUGAAGAAGAAAACUCUCAACACCCUACUUAUUUCCAAGAAUCCCAAGAUUUUUUGUGA